AUGAUUGAGAUUUUCCGUGAUCGAAUGUCCAAAUCGGGCUUAUCUCUUCACGAUGCAAUCUUGAGGAAUGUUAAGAACGGCCUACGUAAUGGAACAUCAGAAUUUCUCUUUCAAGAAAACAAAGAGCAAAAACUUUGUGAUCUGAUGAAAAUAAACGUAAUUUCUCACUUCUACAAUCCAAAGAAAUACAUCGGUCCACCUCCUCCACCCAAGCAAGCCGAAAGUGACCCAUUGUCUCCGCCAUACAAUGAAAAAGUCAAUGUAAUCCAUCUGAUGGGAGGCCCUGCCCACUACAUAAUUCCAAACAAAGACCUCGUCAAGUUCGGCCACAUCGUUAUUUCGUCCGACAAUCCACGAGAUAUGCAGGGAGAGCCAUUAGACGACAGAGAUUUCGCUUGCCUCGCAGAUAUAUUCUCUGAAUUCGACGAACACGGAAUUGCAUACUAUAACUCGGGAAUAGAAAGUGGAUGUUCCCAGCUGCAUAAGCAUUUCCAAUAUAUUCCAUAUGAUGAACAUCCAAUUGUCGAUGCUAUAUUACAGGGAAGAAAGAUUCCUUUCCAAAUUUAUAAAAGACAAAUGGAAUGGUUCAAUUUUGAUUCUAUUAAGAAGGCAUACACAGAAUUACUGGACGAAGCUAAAAACGGAAGAUAUGGAAAACAGAUGAAGGCGUACAAUUUCGUUCUUACUAAGAAACUUGCACUGUUUGUCCCGAGAUCUCGAGCUAGGUCGUCAUUUCAAAUUAUCAUCAACAGCUUGGGAAUUUGCGGACAUUUGUUCCUCUGGGAAACUAGUGACUCAAGAAUUUUACAAUAUCCAAUGAGCACAAUUUCAGAAGUUUGUUAUCCGCCGAUCCAAUAA